CAGUGUAGGCUCCAAGGAACAUUUGCCACCCCAUAACCACCAAGCAAUUUCUUCAUACCCAAAAUAGCCAUCCAAGCAGCACUUUUGUGCCUGCGUUGCUCACAGGCUCAAAGGUAAACAACAACACCAUCUCUCUCUCAGACAAGAUUCAUCACCUCUACACCAUCUCUUUCUAUCAAUUUCACCACACAAACCACAAUUGAAACCCUAAUUGACAACUAAAACUGCCAUCUUCAAGUGCUCCCCAAGAAAAUGGCUAUGAGCAACAAUGUUAUCGCGGCCAUCAAUUUCGCAGCGAUGCUCCUAUCCAUUCCAAUUAUCGGCACUGGAAUAUGGCUGGCCACAGAACCGGACAACGCCUGCGUAAAGCUCCUACAAUGGCCGGUGAUCAUUCUUGGCAUCCUAGUCCUCAUAGUUGCCCUUGCCGGUUUUGUCGGAGCAUUUUGGCGAGUUCAAUGGCUUCUUCUCUUCUACUUAGUGGCCAUGCUCAUCCUCAUAGCUCUUCUCGUGGCUCUCGUGGUCUUUACAUACAUGGUCACAGAUAAGGGGGAAGGUCACCUGGUCCCGAGUCGAGCCUACUUGGAGUAUAGGCUCGAAGAUUACUCAGGAUGGCUCAGGAUGAGGGUUCAGGGUCCAUUCAAGUGGGAUAGGAUCAGAAACUGCCUUAGUUCCUCUAAUUUUUGUGCAGAGCUGAAUCAAAGUUAUCAUUUUGCACAGGAUUUCUUCAAUUCACCCCUUAACCCUUUGCAGUCUGGAUGCUGCAAGCCUCCUACAGAAUGUGGGUACACAUUUGUGAACCCCACAUACUGGAUCAGCCCCAUCAACAACGCCGCAGAAUUGGACUGUGCUCAAUGGACCAACGACCAAACCCAGCUCUGCUACUCAUGUGACUCCUGCAAGGCCGGACUCUUGGCCAACCUCAAGAGCGAGUGGAGAAAGGCGGACCUCAUCCUCUUUCUAACACUCAUUGCCCUCAUCCUCGUCUAUCUCAUGGGCUGCUGUGCCUUUAGAAAUGCCAAGACUGAUCAGCUCUUCUCUAGAUACAAGCAAGGUUACACCUAGUAGACCUACCUUAGACACGACUUCUUGUGAUUAAUCUCUCUCUCUCUCUCUCUCUCUCUCUCUCUCUAAGUUAUUGUAAUUUUCCUCUCUCACUACAAAGAACCAUAUCUUCUCUUC